AUGUUAAAAUCCUUCGUGGCAUGCAAUAGUAGGAGAUCAUCAAGAAUAAAUGAUGGGUUUCCUUUUUCUGAAUGCAAUCCUGUGAGAAAAACAGAGGCAAGUUCUCAAGAGGAUUGUAUGUCUUUUCCUCUAGAUGAUGAUUCUAGUGGUGCUGAAGGGAGCCCAUCAUUUUUGAGGAAGAGGUCCUCAAUGAAGUCUACCUAUGGAUUUUCUCUUGAUAACAAAGUUGAUAUAAGGGAAACAAUAUUUAACACUUCGAACAACACGGAUCCUGCUUUUAAAUACAACAGUACAUCACAUAAACCAGAAAUUACUGGCUUUAGGAUUGACAAUCUUAGGCCUUCAAAUGAGAAUGUCAAAGAACCUCUAAAAUCCAUGGAACAAAGACCAAUGAGAAGUUGUUCAAGAGUUGUGGAUUCAUUGGAGGAGUUGGUUGAUCAAGAUUAUGUUUUUGUAUCUGGACCCCCAAUGGAUGUAUCAUCUUCCUCAGCUAUUGCUUCCAAGCCAAGUCAUUCACAAUGCAAAUCAGGGAGUGCCCCUCUAACAUCUGUAAAUAUGAAGACCAAAUCAAGUGCACCAAUGCCAAUUGCUGGUGCAGGAAUCACUAACACAUGUUAUACUGGAAGCUUGGAAAGUCAUAGCUCGGCAUCUUCUGGGACUUCACAAGGAUCCAUGGAUAUAGGAGAUGCUUUAGAGCAACCAUCAACUCACUGCAUGACAAGGAUUAAGUCAUUGCAGCAAUGUGCAUCUGUCAUCACUGAAUUGGUAAAUGAGAAGGUUCAAAAAAUGGGAUCAGUUGGGAGGUCAAUUGAUGUUGCAAGUUUUAAGAAUUAUGAAGAAUUAUGCUAGGCAAUUGAAUGCAUGCUUGGAGUUGAAG